AUGCUCAUCUUGAUCAAGGUUGUUGGGAAACGCCGUAUGCAAAAUGUUCAGACAGAAUUGGAUAAAGCGGGAGCAGUCCCCAUUCGUGAUGUUUCCCUGACCAAGUUCAUUACAGCGUUGCUGGACGCUGAAACUGACCAGCGGCGUAUUCGUGGAUUGUUUUUCGGCGACUGCGUCGAAAGCUUUCCUCCGGGCAUUGGAUGCUCAAAGAAUGUUGCAAGAGACACUGGCCGGACGCGUACCUCUCUUCUCACCUUCCGCAAUCCCACGAUUGGAUCGCGGCAAUGGUGGUUGCCGCGAGGGUUUGGUGGAGAUCAAGCACGCCUUACGAGAUGCUCAAUGUUGUUCUGCUUUGACCCGUCUGCAACUGCAAGUGCAUGUCAAGUCUCGACUGCUCAUCUACACACGGCAGCACUCGCACACUCAUUCGCGGACACUACACCACCAUCCGAGUCAAAACGUUAA